AUGGCCAGUGGUUACAGUUUUACUUCAUCCAUAACUCUGCAUGGCAAUGAUGCUCAUCACACCCUCUAUAACCGAACGAUUAGCAUGGAUACUAAUCAAUCUCCGAUUAUGGGUAGUGGUUACAAAACUGAAGUUCCGCAUGGCAGUGAAGAAAUACAGUCAUUUGGUGAAGAAUGGAAAGAAAAGAAAGGUGGCAAACAUCCCAGUGAAGCAUAUGUGCCAAUCCAGUUUGUCAAGCCCGACGCUCCGCCUACAGUGACUUUACCAAGUGUGAAGAAUAUGUUGAGGGGAAGACCAGGUAAGCAACCUUUCAAGUCCCUCCAGCCUUUGGAAGGAUAUCAUAAGGGGCAGAUGGUGAAAGGGAUUUAUGAGCUCAAACAGUAUCUCAAGAAAUGUUACCUGAGUUAUCCUCAAUUAAACAACAGCCUCACCCAUGUCAAUGACGACGAGUUCGAUGACCAAUUAGAGGCCGCGGUAAAGACCUAUCAGAUCAAUUACAAUCUGAAGGUCACAGGGACCUUAGAUUCACAAACGGUGAAGCAACUGAUGGUGCCAAGAUGUGGUGUUCCAGACAUCAUCAAUGGAACGAGUUCAAUGCGAUCAGGGAUGAAGAGACACCAUGAGGGCUCCAAUACACUCCACACAGUCUCCCAUUUUUGUUUCUUUUCAAAUAUGGAAAAAUGGCCAGAUUCCAAGCGCAAUCUCACCUACCGAUUCCAUUCCAGUGCCCAAAUAAGUGCAGUUCAGGACUUGGAGUCUGUCUGCUCAAAAGCUUUCGCAAGAUGGGUAAGCCAUUUUACAUUCAAAGAAGUAGCUGAAGGUACCACUGCUGACAUAGACAUUGGAUUCCAUCGCGGAGACCAUGGAGAUGGCUAUGCAUUUGAUGGACAAGGGUCGACCCUAGCGCAUGCCUUUGCACCAACUGAUGGAAGGUUCCAUUAUGAUGCUGAUGAGAAUUGGAGUACUAAUCCAGGACAAAAUAUGAUGGACUUAGAAUCAGUUGCUGUGCAUGAAAUUGGACACCUUCUAGGGCUUGGGCACUCCUCAGUUCAAGAAGCUAUCAUGUACCCUAGCAUAUCACCUGGGGUUACAAAAAGAGAUCUCCAUAGCGACGAUAUUAUGGGAAUUCAGUACUUAUACAGUUCCUCUAAAUAA